GGUCAGCGGAGCCGUCCGGACCCGCACGGGUCUUCCUGGCCAGUCCUCCACUCCCUACACCUGUCCGGCCCCAGGAAGCCGUCCUACUCCAGACCCGUCACCCAAGCGUGCAGACGCCAGGCAGCGGCGCCCAGGAGCUGUGGCUCCGCGGCCGCACGUGGGCCCUUCGCAGGAAGCUAGACAGGAAGCUGAGGGGCGGGCGGCGCGGCUCAGCGGCUGCGUGUCCUCCGAGUUGCCUCCCAUCCGUCUGCUGCCCUGGCUGCACGAAGAUGCAAGGCCAGCAGGAGCUGCGAAGAGAGUCUGUGUGUGAUGCAGGGGAACCAGGCGAGGUUUCCCUCCAUCAGGUAGCUGGGGGACAGAGGAAGGACAGUUUGGAACGCGUAAGGAUCUACUGCAACAGUCCUCUGCCAGGUGGGAAAGCCAGCAGCUUCGGAGGAGAAGGCCUCCCUACCUGCACCGCUGAGGGUCCUGAAGCAGGAGAGCUGAGUGGCGCCUGGGGGGAAUUUGAAAGCUUCCAGGAAUCUUCAGCCCCAUUUGAGCGGUUUCUGAAGUGCCCAGAACUGCUGCAGAGACCCGCAGAAUCUCAGCGAUGGAGUGAUCCCCCUGCCCCAAGGGAGCAUAGGUCCCAACAGCCACACUGGGGUGAACUCUGGGUGACAGGAACUGCUUGUGACCCAUCUUCAGAGGCUGUUGUCAGCUAUGAGAACAUUUUUAGGUUUGCUUUUCAAGAGGUCACAGUCAAACAGACCACUGAAGAUGUUUCCACCUUAGACCAUCUCUUAGAAGCAAACAAGGAAGAAAACCCUGGCCUCUCACCUGUACACAGACUGUGUUCUGAAUCAAGGAAGCUCUGGAGAAACCUUCAGAAUGCCAACGCCACGUCCAUAUCACAGUGCCUCUGGAGCAAGUCUCACUGCCAGGAAAACCUCUUCCUUGUUCUCGGCGUGGAUGUCGCUCAGAGCCCUUCUGGAAGCCAGGAUCACAUUCUGCAAGGUCCUGGCCUCAAAGAGCCUGAGGAACUGCUGGAGGUCAGCAGCUUCCGUCUACACCACUGCAAAGCCCUGAUCCAGACCAAGCUCUCAGGGAUGCCUGGCAGCAGACAGGGGAGCCUGAUUACCUACAGCCUCUUUCUGAAGACACCCCUCCAUGGAAACGGACAGUACAUCACCAUCCCACAGCAAAAGAAGAUUUUUGCUCCAUGGAACCUAAAAAUGGCAUUUAAUAAUGAUGUUUGCUAAAAACAGGAGCACUUUGUACUUUUCUGGAGCAUUUUUCCGUUUUCUUACUGAUCCACUUUGGUGCCAGAAACUGGGAACUACUUUGUGUCUCAGGAUCUGCCACACUGUCUGCAGCCCCUGGCCUGCCUCAGGUCCUGUCAGGAUGCAGGAGGAAAUGUCCUGUGGCAGACACAGCCCACAUGUAGAGGGCAGGGCACUGGUGUCCAGGUAGCCCAGUGGGUGUCACCAUGCCUGGUGGUGACCCCAGGCAGCUCAUUCAGAUCCAUGAGUUUGAAAGACAGGAGAAGACACCAAAUGUCAUCAGGGAGACAGUGGCUGAACAUGCUCAAGAACCCCUGGGGUGCUGUUCAUGGAAGCUCCCACACUGGCCCAGCAGGCCCUGAGAAGCUGUAGCUUUCCCUAGUCAUCUGCUGAGGCAGCUCCUUCCUUCCGAUGGAAGAGCCAAGUUCACUGACUUUUGUGAAGUUUUAUUAAAUAAAAAGGCCUGCAGAAGCCUGUGCUCUCAAUAAAUCAUUAGUUCUACAGAGACUGAUGCUGCAGUCUUGUCCCCAGCAGGCCUGAGGUCUGAGAAGCUAGCAAAGAGAAGCCACACUGGGGAAGUUGGAGGUUUUAGUUGAAACCCCAUUGUCUGCCCCGCCCAGACCAUACUGGCAACCAGCUUCUCCAGAAGAUGCCAGCUUCCCGGUUGAAUGACCCAGAUAAUGACACAGCUGGGACAGGCACAAUGAUGGUAGCUGUCCCUGUCACAAGGGGGAAGGGAGUAGUUGUCACGGUCAUCUGGCCCUUGGUCACCCACCCCCGGCAGCUGUACUGCCAGUCCUACGUGAAAUGUGGUUUGAGGAUUAUAACAAAGCAGUAACAGAUUUGUGUGUCCAUGCCAGAAGUUUAGAAAAGCUGAUUUUUCUUUUUCAAC